AUGCCUUUUCAGCUCCGACAUGACACACAGGCCAAGGAGCCUCUCAGUGGACAGACUAGCAGGAUACAAGAUGGGAUGCAGUUGAAAAGCUCCUUGAGGGCAGGGGCACGCUUCCUGGGAUUCUUCCCAGCAGCUGGCACUCAUUCCUUGUUCAUUGUUCCAUUGUUGCUGUUGUCCAGAGUAGGAGUGCUAGUGGAGCUUCGAUCAACGACAACUAGUGACAACAAAACACUGUCUCAGGGUGCACUAGUGGUCCAGGCCUUGAGGGUCUGUGACCUGGCUCGGGAUGUCGCUUGCUCCAUAAUGACCGGAGGAGGCAUCUCUUCUGAUGAAGAGCAGGCUACUGGUUUGGAAAGAGAGAUUAUGAUGGCUGCAAGGAAUGAUUUGGAUCCCUACAAUAUGUUAGCCCCAAAGGCAGCUCCAGGGACCAAGGAGAAGCCAAACCUGGUCCUUUCCAUCACUGACAAGCGGAUAGUGGGUUGUAUCUGUGAAGAGGACAACAGUGCAGUCAUCUGGUUCUGGCUUCACAAAGGCAAGACACAGUCUUGCCCUAACUGUGGAACCCAUUAUAAGCUGGUACCCCACCAGUUGAGCCACUGAGCCCCUGGAUUGGUUUACCUGAGAUAUGGUGUAAUGUUUUCUUCCCUCCAAUAAAAGAUUAACCAUGAAAAAAAAAGAA